AUGGCUCAAAUUCCAGAUUUUGGAAGUAUCGAUUUGUCGCGAUCAUCACAACUUAUCAUAGCGCUAGCACUCUUGCAAUGGACUGGGUGUUUGGUUGACCCAAAUAUAUUCAACGAUUAUAGCAAUCGAAAGGAAGGGCCUAUGGAUCUUGCAUGUCUUGUUCGACAAUUUCAAACCUCGAAUGGUGGUAAUGCCUGCAAGUUGAAACUAGGAACAAGUAGUUUAGAUCUGGAUCCACGUUUCGACGGUGGGUGA